GGGCGUCCGGCAUGCGGUGACAUCACUCGCUUUUUGAACUAAUGUAUCUACAUAUGUACAUACAAUAAUGAAGUUGCUCGCCUUCCACCCUUUCUUUCUCUUGAAUUUCAACAAUUGGAAAAUAGGAGGAACCAUGAUUCAAUUGAAUAAUGGAGCCGCGUACAAACAAAGCGGGUUCUGGUGUCAUAAAAGCUGGUUUUGCAGGUGAGCACAUUCCCAAGUGCCGAUUUCCUAACUACAUCGGACGCCCUAAACACGUUCGGGUAAUGGCUGGGGCACUCGAGGGUGACAUUUUUGUCGGCCCCAAAGCAGAAGAGCAUCGCGGUCUGCUGAGUAUACGCUACCCCAUGGAACAUGGCAUUGUUACUGACUGGAAUGACAUGGAACGGAUUUGGAGCUAUAUAUAUAGUAAAGAACAAUUAGCAACAUUUACAGAAGAUCAUCCAGUUUUAUUAACAGAAGCCCCGCUGAAUCCCAGAAAAAAUCGAGAAAAGGCCGCUGAAUUUUUCUUUGAAGGAAUAAACGUACCCGCACUUUUUGUAUCAAUGCAAGCUGUCCUCAGUCUUUAUGCUACAGGUCGUGUCACAGGAGUAGUGCUCGAUUCCGGUGAUGGCGUUACUCACGCAGUGCCUAUAUAUGAAGGAUUCGCGAUGCCACAUAGUAUUAUGCGUGUUGAUAUCGCAGGCAGAGAUGUAACUCGCUACCUUAAAACUCUUAUACGAAAAGAAGGAUUUAACUUCCGAUCAACAGCGGAGUUCGAAAUUGUACGUUCCAUUAAAGAAAUGCUGUGUUAUUUGGCAACUAAUCCCCAGAAAGAAGAAAGCGGGGAGACUGAAAAGGUCGCUUAUAUCUUACCGGAUGGCAAAACUUUAGAGAUUGGUCAGGCAAGAUUUAGAGCACCUGAAGUGCUAUUUCGACCAGAUUUGCUGGGGGAAGAGUGUGAGGGCAUACACAAUGUGCUUAUGUAUGCAAUCGAGAAGUCAGAUAUGGAUCUCAGAAAAAUGUUGUAUCAAAAUAUCGUAUUAUCUGGUGGCUCUACAUUAUUUAAGGGUUUUGGCGACCGUCUGCUGUCGGAGUUAAGAAAACACUCGGCAAAGGAUUUAAAAAUUAGAGUAAGUUAUGCAAAAAUAAUAGGUUCAUUCCUGUACAAUCUGAACCGGACAUGUCCCAAAGUACGGAGACGCAAAAACCACAUUUGGUGCCCAGAAUUUGAUAAACAGCUGAUUCACCUGUUUUUUUGUUUUUUGUUUUUUUUUGCCACUUAAAUGCAAACACCUGGAAACUGGAUUUUGGUUUCACAAAUUUGAUUGUAUUGAUAAAUUAGCUUCACUGCGUCUAAGCUUUCCUGCA